GCGUGGCUUUACCCGCGAGGUGCAUCUGUUGGGUUGCCGAUCUGAGUAAGGGGCUGAACCGGGAGAGGAACAUGGCGAGCCCCGCAGACAAGUUACAAACCCCCAAAGAGAAUGAAGCGGGACAGACCGUGCCAAGAUGGGGUCCACAACACGCAGGUGCACGGGAACUCGCGAAUUUAUACUCGCCAGGUAAGCGGUGCCAGGAAUGGGUCAGUGUAGUCCUGUGUUUUUCCCUCAUGGCCUUCAACCUCGUCCAUCUCCUCACCAACUUCCACUUCAGCCACUUCUGGUCCAUCCUCCUGGGAAUCGUGGCAGGCAUUCUUACUGCAGACUUUGCCUCUGGAUUUGUACACUGGGGAGCAGAUACCUGGGGCUCCGUGGAUCUGCCUAUUUUUGGAAAGGCCUUCAUCCGUCCGUUCAGGGAGCACCACAUCGACCCCACUGCCAUCACUCGCCACGACUUCAUUGAGACCAAUGGGGACAACUGCAUGCUGACCAUCAUACCCUUGGCUAACAUGGCCUACAGCUUCCUCACACUCUCUCCUGCGGAGCAGUACCGUAACUACCCCUGGCACUGCUACGUGUUUGCGUUGGCCAUCUUUGUGACACUGACCAAUCAGAUCCAUAAGUGGUCGCACACGUACUUCGGGCUGCCGCUGUGGGUGCAGAAGCUGCAGGACUGGCACGUGAUCCUGCCCCGCAAACACCACCGAGUACACCAUGUCUCGCCCCACGAGACCUACUUCUGCAUCACCACAGGCGUGAAAGUUCCUCGUAACUUCCGGCUUCUGGAAGAGCUGGAGGAGGGUCAGAAAGGCGUUGGAGAUGGAACGGUCAGCUGGGGCCUGGAGGAUGACGAGGACAUGACCCUCACCAGGUGGAGAGGCAUGAUUAUAGGACCCCCACGGACUAUCUAUGAGAAUCGCAUGUACAGUUUAAGGGUGGAGUGCGGCCCGCGCUACCCCGAGACACCCCCCUUCGUUCGUUUCGUCACCAAGAUCAACCUGAACGGCGUGCACAACUCAAACGGUGUGGUGGACACGCGUGCAGUGUCGGCGUUGGCCAAGUGGCAGAACUCGUACAGCAUCCGAGUGGUGCUGCAGGAGCUGCGGAGACUCAUGAUGUGCAAAGAGAACAUGAAGCUACCGCAGCCGCCCGAGGGACAGAUCUACACCAACUAAACACACACACACACACUUAGACACACACACACACACACACACACACUUAGACACACACACACAUAGAUACACACACACACAUACAUACACACACAUACUUAUACACACACUUAUGCACACACACACAAUUAUAUACACAGACAUACACACAUACUCCCACACAUACACACACUCUCUUGUCCCUAUCAAUCACAUCUGUCUGUCAAUCUCUCUGUCUGUCUGGCACUUUCUCUCUACCUCUCAGUUUUCCUCUCUCUGCCUCUCUUUCUCCUUCCUCUCUCUGCCUCUUGUUUUUUUCUCUCUCUGCCUACCUCUAUCUCUGAUGCUCUUCCUACAUCAACUGCUACCCGCCCCCCCCAUCCC